AUGCGUCUUUAUCUUAGUGAAAGACCCAGAACCUUCAUAGUUCUAGACGUCAAUUACUCUUUGAUAUUAAGGCAUCCAUUUCCUACUUAUACGAACAACAAUCGGCUGAAAAAAAAUGCCAUCUAUAAACAUCAAACCAAGGAGCUGGAGAGCGAGGCACACUCUUUGAAUAAAGUCAUCGUCGAAUUUGUUCGAAGCAGCCUUCUUGAUCUUAGUUCUUUUAAGGAUAUCACGCCUAAUAGGUUGAAACACAACAAAUCGCUUCUAGGCUUUCUCGGAUUGCUAUACGUUAGAGGUAAUAUCUACCUCGGCUUUAUUACGAACUCCAUCAGAGUAGCCUCCGUGAAGAUCGACGAGACUAUCAAUCUUGUUACGGAUGUGACAUUUUAUUGUCUCAAUAAUGAUGAAUUUGACAGCAGUAUCAAUCUGGUUGAGCAAGAAACAAAUUUACAAAAAGAAGACCCUGAUAUCCACAUGACGAACCCUUCUCAUUCCGUUCAGAAACUACUUCAGCUGGGCCAUUUUUAUUACUCGUCCGAUUUUGAUAUCACCUCCAAUAUUCAAGAGAGGGGAUUUUCCGUCAUGAGUAGAAACCGAAUAUAUGCGGAUAAUCCGUAUUUCAAAAGCUUCAUGUGGAACCACUUUAUGAUUUCAGAGCUAAUAGAGUUCCGAAAUGGUUUGAAUCCAGUCGAGAAAAAACACUUUGAUGAAGCCGGCUUCUUGACCAUCCUAAGCAGAGGCUACGCUAAAACGGUCAGUAUUACCCUUCAAGGUAGUGAAGAAGGGCUUUUGACUCUAAUAUCAAAGCAGUCGUGUAUGAAAAGAGGUCCAAUUUUUGGGGAUUGGGGCUGUGACGACGAUGGAUUUGUGUCAAACUUUGUUGAGACUGAAAUUGUUAUACUCUGUGAGAGAUUCUGCUUCGCGUAUGUCAUAGUUCGUGGCAACGUUCCAAGUUUUUGGGAGUUAGAAAGUGGAUUCAGAAAAAGCAGCAUGAUCUCUAAGACUUCUAAAAGGCUUGUUUUUACACGUUCUUUUGAGACAUCUCAAUUAGCAUUCAACAAACAUUUUGGACGUCUCGGAGAUCAGUAUGGAGAUGUGCAUGUGAUUGACUGCCUUCUGGGUGAUACAAAGAACUACCGAGGUCAACUUAAGCAGAGAUUUAAGGAUCACAUUCUAACGUACUUGGAAAAAUCAUCUCACUACAAAGAGAAACCAUCCGAUGAUGAGAAAGACAUUUCCGCAAGCCACUCAAAUUACAAAAUUCUGUCAUCAGACCUACCUAUCACAACAUCUUUGAUGAAACGUGCGGGUUACACUUCUUCGAAUCUUAGUGAGUUAUUGUCUCCUCUCAUUGACUCUAUUGUUGACUUCGGUGCGUUAUUUUAUGACUUCAAUAAAAAGGUGUACGUUGGAAAGCAACUUGGGAUUUUUCGUGUGAAUUCCUUUGACUGCCUUGGGAAGGCUAACUUCGUUAGCAAAAUGAUUUGCCAAGAGGUAAUAGAGUUGGCUUUGAGAGAUAUGAAUGUCAAGGUCGAUGAAAAUAUUCGUUCCGUUCAUGCAAAGUUAUGGAAGGAAAAUGAUGACGUUCUCAAAGAGUUGACACAAAAUUCUCUUUCAACAUCGUCUCGAACGCAAUCCGAGCAUAUAAAUAAAGGAUUUAAGGCUCUGCUCACAAAAAAGUAUCAUACUGUUGUCGGUGAUGUCAGAUCGAAUGAGACCGCCAUGCGUAAGCUUUUAGGAAGAUUACAUGAUCAGGAAACUGUUCGAUUGUACAAUCCGUUACAUCAAUAUAUCAGUUGCCAAAUGAUGAAAAGAGCUUCAGAGUAUAGCUAUAAGAGGGAUAUAAAGAUCUUUGCGACGACUUUUAACGUCAAUGGCUGUUUAUGUGACGCUAAGAGCCUAAAAAACUGGUUUUUUCCUCCAAUAACAAGUAAGGAAACAUACGACAUAGUUUUUAUUGGAUUUCAAGAAAUUGUUGAGCUCACACCUGGUAAAAUGAUAAACUCUCGGUCAGAGAACCUUGCGGAAUGGGAAACAAAAAUAAAAAAAGUUCUUGAAGAAGAAAGUUUUGACAAGUCCAAAUACAUAACUUUGUGGAGUGGGCAGAUGGGAGGUAUCGCACUAUUAUUAUACAUAAAGAUAGGACAGAUUGCUCAGGUAAGUAAUGUCGAGAGCGCUGUGAGGAAAACAGGCUUUGGAGGAAUGAGUGCCAACAAGGGGGGCAUGGCUCUUAGCUUGGAGUAUCUGAAGACAAAAUUUUGUUUUGUUUGCUCUCAUCUUGCGGCAGGAAUGAAUAAUCUCGACGAGCGUCAUCAGGAUUACAAGGCCAUUGCUAAAGGUAUCUCAUUUACAAAAAAUAGGAAAAUCAGGGAUCAUGAUGCUGUGAUAUGGGUGGGCGACUUUAACUAUCGAAUAACAAUGCCAAAUGACGUCGUACGUGCAAUGAUCGAAAAGAAUGAAAUCUCCGGCCUCUUCGAAUAUGAUCAAUUAAAUCAACAAAUGGCAAGCGGUGAAACAUUCCCAUUCUAUGAUGAGAUGGAAAUUUGUUUUCCUCCCACUUACAAGUUCGACAAUAAUACCUCAAGAUACGAUACAUCAGACAAACAAAGAGUCCCAGCAUGGACGGAUCGAGUUUUGAGCAUGUCGAGAGCAAAGAUUUUAAAGCAAGAGAUUUACAAUUGCUGUCCUGAGGUCAUCUUUUCUGAUCAUCGUCCAGUUUUUGCUCUAUUCAGGGCCAAUGUUAUCAUGAUAAACGAAUCCGAGAAGAAGCGUGUCUCAAAUGAAAUCUACGAGGGAUACAAGAAGGUGGUCGGUGGAGUUAAUUAUCUUUUGACGGGAAGUGAUGUGCUGAGAUUUGUUGCGGAUGUUGGUGAUAAGAUCAUUUCGCCACCCAGUUCCGACUCAUCAAAGUGGUGGCUCAAAAAUGGUCUAUCUGCUAGGGUUGUUUUAAAAGAUUUACAGGAGAGAGAUCCUCAAUGUGUUCUAGUUAUUAACCCUUACAACCCAUCAAAUCCGUGGGCAAUCAGAGGAGUGGAGACUAUUGAAGGGACCGAAUUAGUGAAACGUCUAGCUUCUAGACCAUAA